AUGGACCAUGGGCGAGUCCUCUGCCAAUUCUCGCUUCCACCAGGUUCCUGUAAUAGGCAGCGGUCAAGCCUCCGACGCAAGAGCGAAUCGUCAUAUCACAUAGGACCUGCCACUUUUCUGGUUGACAGUAUGUCUGAUCGUGGUAUUGCAAGCAUCAUUGUCCCCUAA